AUGCGGCCCGCCCCUGGAGGCAGUACGCGGGACCGCAGGCUGGAGGCGCGCCGGCGUGAUUCCGACCGCGGGAGCCUGGAGGAGGAGCCGGAGACAUCCUCCGGCGGAACAGCUCCGAAUGGCCAAGCUGACCCCUUCUCAUCCCUUGGCCUGAGAAGGGGUGCCUCAAGACCCAGGGAUGGGCGGGAAGGGACCACGGGGAGCCACAAGUCUGCACCCAGGCGGGGAGAAGGCGGGAGGGAGCUGCUCCGCAGGCGCAGGCGAGGCCUAAGGGCGGAGGCGGAGGGCAGGGGACUGCGGAGCUGUCCCUGGAGCGGGACGCGAACCGGCAGAGUUGGGAGAAGAGCCUCUGAGCCCAGGAGCCGAGCAUGCUGCCCCCGCGUGCAGCGCCCGCGUGCACCCAGCCCGGAGAGGGGGCGCCGGGCGGAGGCGGUGGCCCCCGGAAGGUGUCUGGGACCGGACCGGCUGCACGUGAGCCCAGCGCCGGGUCAUGUGCACCAGCUCAGCCCGGUUCGGCGGCUGGACGUGCUGCGUAUCAACAAAAUGAAACUCAGGAGGGCAGAUAGCUCCAGGUUCUCCGAAUCCCCAACCCCGGACGCUCGGCCUCCCCCCGCACCCCUCUCCCGCCGCAGCCCCUCCAACCGGCCGGAGCCCGCGGGGCAAGUUGCAACCUCCGCGCGCCCCCGCCCUCCCGCGCCCCCUCGCCGGCCCAGGGGCGCUUUGCCGCAGUCAUUAAUAAAGAAGGUCGCCAGGCUCACCCUUCCAAAAGUUGUUGCAUGCGCCCCUCUCAGCCUCCCCGCACCGUACUCUUUAAACGACUGA